AUGAACAACGAAAACUACGUUAGAGGAGAAACCAUUGAUGUCCAAGCAGAAUUCGGCGUGAUAGACAAGGGUGAUGGCAAAUACGUGGGUAAAAAGCCGCUAAUCAAGCCAAUUCACUAUGCACCGGGAGCCUUUGGAGGUAACCUUGCAGGACAAGCGAUGUUAGUUGCUAUGAAAUCAACUCCUCCCGAGUUCAAGCCACAUUCAUUACACUCGUAUUUUGUCAGAGCUGCCACUUCCGACCUACCAGUUGAAUGGGAAGUUGAUAAUAUAUCCAGUGGUAAAACAUUUUGUAAUCGUGCCGUCAAAGGUUUACAAAAUGGCCAAAUUGUUUAUUUCGCCAAUGUUUCAUUAACCAGGAAAAACUCGUACAAUGACAGUUUGGCAAAAUGGGAAUCGGACAUGGCUAAGUUUGAACAAAGGGGUAAAGAUGAGGGUGAUUCUGAUGAAGAAAACGAAGACGAUGAUGAUGCAGAAAAAGCUCCCCUGAAACCAUUUAGAUUCCAAACCCCGUUGCAUGAAUGGGUAAAGAAAUACGGUGAGGAAAGUUUAGUUGUUUCGCCAUGUGAGUCCAAUAUGUUGAGUUAUUUCAAAUUUUGUCCCGAAUUUAUAGAUUUGGACAAGUCCAGCUACGAAGAGAAAAUACCAGUUGCUGAACGUAGGUUUGCGUUUUUGGUAAGAUGGGGAAUUGACAAUGAACAAGGGUAUAAUCAACCUUUGAAAAACGUUGAUGAACAAUUUCAAUUUGUGGGGUUGGCUAAUCUUUCCGAUGCAUUGAUUUUAAAUGUUUUGGAAAGAGUUUUGAGACUUAAUGGUGUGUCAAUCAAAGAUAACAUGAAGCAUUUCUUUGGAGUCAGUCUUGAUCAUGUGUUGUACAUUCAUGAUAAUGAUUUUGAUGUGACUAAAUGGAUGACGUAUUCGUUCAAGACAAUACGCUUUUCUCAUGAUAGAGUUUUGUUUGAAGGCGAGUUGUAUAAUCAUAAAGGUGUGCAUGUCGCAAGUGUUGUUCAAGAGGGCCUUGCAAGGCUUGCGGGUGCAGAAAGAGAUGCAAAGUUGUAA